CGUCUUAUAAAAAUAAGUCAUUUGAAAAAGUAGAUGUAUAAAGCACUUUUAUUGUUGAAUUAAACUGUGACAAAUGAAAAUAAUAGUUAUUAUUACAAAUAAAUUAUGAUAAAUUUUUUAAUAUAUCUUAUUCCCGUCGUUGACAAAUAAUUCAUCAUUUAAAUGGCAACGCAAGAAUCUACCGAAUAUUAUCAGAGUUCUGUGGAGGUUAUUCGUGAAGAAUUACGACAAUCUGUAAAAACAGAGCAAAAAAAUCAACGUUAUGCCGAAGUAAAUAAACGAAGAACAGCUUUAGGGGAACUAACGUACAAUGAAGAAUCUUGGAAUGCUGAUGACUUAGUUUUAAAAGCAAAAGAACUCCGUAGAAAACCUUUAUCUAUUGAUGAUUACAUAAAACUGCAAAAUACCCUUAUACAGGAUGAAGCAAACAUAAAAUUAUUUUUAUCCAUCAAUCAUAUAAUUUCUGCUUUAAUCCGUGACCUUUGUAGUUCUAAUCCUGCUAUCCAGCUUUCUGCCGCUCAUUGUUUUUGUAAUAUUGCACUAGGAAAUAAAUCAUGUUGUUCAACCCUCAGUAAAUAUGCAGGACCAUACUUGAUUGAACAACUAGAUACUCUGAGCAAUCCUCUACUGGAAGUUAUUGCAUGGACAGUAGGAAAUCUUUGUAGUGGUAGUAAAAAUGCCUGUAAAGCUCUUUAUGCACAAGGCUGUCUGUGUCGUUUGCUUUCACUAUUGCGAGAUUGUGACACAAUGAUCUUACCAUCAGUUAUUUAUGCAAUAACUCAUUGCAUUCUUGGUGGACCUGAAUUAAUUAGCAAUGAAGAGUCUGUUGAAAUAAUAAAUACUUUGAUAAAUCGAAACUGUUUCGACUCAACAGCUGGUUUGUGGAUUUUAGCACUUCUGUCAUCGAAUCCAAUUUGUUUACGAUCCUAUGAUACAAUUAUUGAAAGAAUAUUUGAUAUUCUAAUGAAAGAAAUGGAUGAACAAUCUUAUGAUACCAAAAGAAUUACAGCAAUUGUUAGGCUUUUUGCUAAUUUAAUUUCUGAAUCAUCUGGUUCAAUAGCUGACAUUAUUUUAUAUAAUUUAAAAUACAAAACUACCGACGUCCAAGAAAUUUUUAAUAAAUUAUUAAUAUAUCCUCAUGUACAUGUUAGAAAAGAAACUCUAUGGCUUAUAGGAAAUUUCUACAACCACUCUCAACCGAGGAUAAAUCAUCGUAUAAAAGAAUUGUUAUCUUAUUUAACAAACAUACAAUUAGCGAUUCAAUCUGUGCAAUUAUAAAAAACUAAAUAAAUUUUGGGAAAGAAAAUUUUCUCUUCGGUGAGAUGGAUGAUACUGAGUUAAUACUCUCUGGCAAAUCUUCAAUACAACUGACUUUGAGGAAAUUGAAGUAAAAUUUUCCCAUCAUAUGAGCUACUGGACCU